UCUUCAGAUAGCUAAAAGAGCUUAGCUAACCAACUUGAAUCCACAUGCCUUUUUGCCUAAAUUGCCUUGUAGUGUUGUAGUUCAGUCUAUAAUGUAGUGUUGUAGUUUUAUAGUUCAUUCUUUAUAGUUUGUUGCUACACACACAUUAUUAUUAAAUUGAAAUAACGUUUCGUCAAUACUGUGCGUUAAAAUUAGCGAGUAAUUUUUAUUUCGGCAGCAGAACUAAAGUUGACCUGACGGUUUGGUUAGUGCUCAGCCUUCAACAACUAUUAGGAAUCCAGUGCAUCUAUUACUACAAAUUUUGAAACUUUAACAUUUGUGCUUCCUUCUAACGAUAUUCCAGUUUGUGGCUUUUCUUGAACAUUAGUUAAUGAAAUGAGUCAGUAUCAUGGAUUUCAUUAGGUAACUUCCAGAUUCGCUACACAGCCUCUAGGUUAUGGUAACAUACCAAUAAUGCCGAGUGUUUCAGGGUGUUUAACUCUGGGAGGUGCUAGGCCACCAAAUGUAAAUGCGCCAGCUUUCCCUAGUAACGAUGAGUGCGGUAUUAAAGAGGUUUGGGCGUAUAAUUUGAAGGAAGAAUUCAAGAUGAUUAUUCAGAUCAUCAAGAAAUACCCCUAUGUAGCUAUGGACACUGAGUUUCCGGGCAUUGUUGCAAAGCCUACUGGUGGUGAAUUUGCUUCGAAUUCCGAUUACCAGUAUAUCUCUAUGAAGGUCAACAUUGAUCUGCUGAAAAUGAUACAACUAGGUUUGACGCUUUUCGACGAAAACGGCAAUACCCCGGAAGGGUAUUCCACAUGGCAAUUCAACUUUAGAUUCGAUCUCAACUCGGACAUGUACGCUGAAACCAGCAUUGACCUACUAGUGAGAUCUGGCAUACAGUUUCAGAAACACAGUGAGGAUGGAAUCGAUCCAUUCAAUUUCGCGGAACUUCUCAUGAUGUCUGGGCUUGUUCUCAUGGAAGAAGUGACUUGGUUAUCUUUUCAUAGUAAUUAUGACUUUGGCUACUUGUUGAGAAUUCUGAUCAACCAGCCCCUUCCCGAACAAGAAGCAGAAUUCUUUGAUUGGCUAAAACUCUAUUUCCCGAAAAUCUACGACGUAAAGUAUCUGAUGAAAAGCUGUAAAAAUUUGAAAGGUGGCCUGCAAGAAGUCGCCGAACAACUUGAGAUACAGCGCGUUGGACCUCAACACCAGGCUGGUAGUGACUCUCUGUUGACUGGGAUGGCAUUUUUCAAAAUGCGUGAAAUGUUCUUCGAAGAUAACGUAGACGAUAACAAGUACUGUGGACACAUAUAUGGUCUAGGUAUGUCUUUCGCCAUGAAUGGAAACAACACAGAAAAUGGUGAGAACAACUCCAAUUCCUAAAACUAGAUUAGGCAACACUCGAAGACCUCUUGGUAUGAUUUCAGUUUCAAGUAUUCUGUUUAAGUUGAAUUUUUCUAUUAUUAUUCUGUCAUCGUUUUUUAUUAUCAAUAGUCUAUAAAUAAUCUUUGAUCAGUUUUUUCUCCCAUAAUGUGAGGGUUUCAAAUAGACUAUUUUAUGUUUAUGGAUGAUUUAUCAUGUCUCAUUCAAUUUAAAUACCGUAUCUUAAUAUCAACUUGUAAACAAGUCUCUUGUUAAGGGUUGUAAACACAUAGAGCGGUAUGGUGUUACGAGUUCCAACAGUUUUAGAAGGAUAUAGAUAUUAUAAUGAAUACCCAUAUCCUCCUAAUACCGCUCUCUGUCUGCACACACCCUAUAAUCCCCAAUAAUUUUCAUUUUAUCAUAUUGACUCGUGGUUUUUGUAGCAUUUUCAACUUUUGUUUCAUAAUUUUCUGAUAUUUAAAGGAUUUGAGUCAAUUUCUCAUAAAAAAUAUCAUCAGAAAAUGCUACCAAAAACCUUCCCUGGCCAAUAAUAAAUUAAUCAGUCUUCAAAUUAAAAUGAACUUGAAAAUUUUAGCAUUUUUGAACAAUUAUUCAUGUAUUAAACAUUAAUUAUGUUUCGAUGUGGUUAUCAUAUUAUAUAUUGUUUCCCUUACUUGGCUUUGCAUUUGUCCUCUUGAAACAUUUCACUCACUACAGAAUCAGAUAUAUAUUGAGUGAGUAUUGCAACGUGUUUUGACAAAGGUGUUCAUAAUUUUUAUGCGUAUAGUGGAAUUGUAUUUCUCUAGGCUAUCAUCAAUGAUGGUUGAAGGGUUAUUCUAUUCAUCAAUUUUUAAAUAAGCCGAAGUUGUUAUUGGGUUUCUUUUAUUGCGGUGUAUGCUCACAGAGAGCAGUCAACGGCCAUAGCUGUACAAUAGAAUAAAUCAAGUACCCUUUUAUUUUAUCACAACACAACUACUUUCAACCCUUUUAUUUUAUCACAACACAACUACUUUCAACUCUUCAAGCCAUUUGAGUGAUUUUAACACUUGAAAAUGGCUCUUGACAAGUUGAAACUAGUUGUGUUGUGAUAAAAUAAAAGGGUAGACCUAUCUUAUGUUUUCUAUUGUGUUUCCAUACUUUUAAAAUGAAAGGAGUAUGGUAUUAUCCAUAUUAUAUAUCUAAGCUAUAUUCUUUAAAUACCGCCUUCUGGCCGCUCUCUGUGUGCACACGCCCUUGGAUAACAUACCAUUGAAAUAAUUCACCAUGUAUCGAAUAAUCAAUUGUCACACAUGAAAUCCAGGCUGUCAUAAUUGAUGUAAUGAAAUUUAGUUUUGCGUUGUGUGAUCUGAAAUGAAGUAGACUCUCAUCUACUUAUAACACUAUAUUAUUAUCCUUCAUGUUACUGUUCUAUGUUAUCAUAUGUCUUUGUUUUUUAUUGUCUUUGAUUUAUUGACUAUACUGGUAGUUAUUGAAAAUUGAGUUGAUUCAUUGACUCAUGAUACCCAAGUGUUCUGCCGUUCAUAUAUAUCGAGGCAGUUAUGAUAAAAAUUAAGAUAGGGGUUGACUUCAUGAUAAAUUCAUAUUACUAUCAUAAUAUUCCUAAGGAACGAUCUGUUUUGAGUAUUAUCUAGUUGUUCUUGACUUUUUGAAAAGUAGAAUCAUUCAGACUCUACUUUCCAAACACUUAGUGUCUUAAAUAUAAUAAUAUAGUUUUGUAUUCGAGCUUUUUCUACGAACUAUGAAUUUAUAAGUGCAUUGUGAUGAAGAUUUUCUAUUUUUCCUGUUCAAAUGUUUGUAUGAUAUAUACGAUUUACGGAAAAGUUUCUAUUUUUUAUAUAUUUGUACCAUAAUGUGAUCAAUAAAUAAAGCUCAGUAUCCAUA